UCCCUUCUCCCCGGGGGGCCACUUCGAUCGGUGGUCUCUCCAGUGGCUGCCUCUGAGCACGUGUCCUGCCGGACUGCGUCAGCACUGGGUAAACAGAUGACUGGCUGAGUACCGGGCGGGGCUAUUUAAGAGGAGUCGCCCUGCCGCCUGCCCUCAACUUAGCUGGACAGCAGCCGUUGGAAACCGCCAAGCCAGCUGACUCCGCAUCCGAAGAUAUGAAGUGCGGCGUGUGUCUGUGCGUGGUGAUGGCAGUCCUGGCAGCAGGCGCCCUGGCGCAGCCGGUAGUCCCUGUAGAAGCUGUGGACCCUAUGGAGCAGCGGGCGGAGGAGGCGCCCCGAAGGCAGCUGAGGGCUGUGCUCCGACCGGACAGCGAGCCCCGAGCGCGCCUGGGCGCACUGCUAGCCCGAUACAUCCAGCAGGUCCGCAAAGGCGGGGCUCUCUACCCCAGAAAAACUCACCCAGUGGAUUCUCAGUUCCCAAACAGGGAAGGCGUGAGUCUGGAGAAAGCUCCCUCUGGCCGCAUGUCCGUUCUUAAGAACCUGCAGGGCCUGGACCCUAGCCAUAGGAUAAGUGACCGGGACUACAUGGGCUGGAUGGAUUUCGGCCGGCGCAGUGCUGAGGACUACGAAUACCCAUCGUAGUGGGCCAGCCUCUCGGCGCUGCUUGGAGGAGGCGGAAUGAGAAAACAACCACGCACACGACCCCUCGCCUCGAAUGUUUGACAUUUUGCGUUUAUUUAUUAAGUCCCCAAUGUGAAAUCUGUCCAGAGUGUGCAAUGCAGCCACACACCUCAGCCCAGCUGAGCGGUGGGAAGGCAAUGUUUCCCUCCGGUGGCUCCCAGACCUAAUGUUGCUAUGCUAUUAAAGAGAUUUCCUUCUGUCCCUCA